AUGCUAUUGGCUGCGCUCCUCGCUGUGCUGUGGACAUAUCAUGCGGCGGCGGUCGAGUACUUCACCCUGGCUGCGACGGAGGUGAGAGCAGUGUCCACGGACCGGCCCGUCCUCUACAGCAGCAACGUGGACGUCGUGUACAGGAGCGCGGUGCGCUGCACGGUGACCUUCGACACGCCCCUGCACGGCUUCACGGCGGCCGACAUCGGGGCGGCCAGCACGACGGUGAUCACGGGCUUCAGCGAGCUGUCUCCCAAUGAGUAUUCCUUCUUCGUGUCCUCCACCGUGGACGCCAACGUGAGCCUCUCUGUGGCGCAGGGCGCCGCGAGGCUCUGGGACCCGUCGGUGCUGGGCAGCAUCAGGUACAGCGACGCAGAAGUACCGCUGCUCACUUUCCAGUUCUUCAGGGACCCACCGUCGGUGUCCUUGCGGAUCGACUCCCAGCAGGGGGCCACCCGGGGCAGCUCCUGA